GACGCGGCUCCGUGAGUUCUUGCUUGCCUCUUCCUGGUGGUCUCGGAGCCUUAGUUUUGCCCUGUGACGUCCCUGGCCCCCACCUUUCACUUGCCACGCAGGCACGGUCUCGGGACCCCAGUGCCCCGUAUUUGAAGGAAAAUGAUGGAAGAGAGUGGAAUAGAGACAACACCACCUGGCACUCCUCCACCCAACCUUGCAAGACUGGCCGCUGCUGCGAUGUCGUCCGCACCAGGUUCUUUAGCGGCCACCAGCUCUUUUUCUUCUCCAAACGUAUCCUCUAUGCAGUCCAUGCCACCACACGCAUACUCCACCCCUCAGCCCUCCCUACCUCCUGUCACUCCUUCGGCACCGUUACCUUUUGUGCCUCCUUCACCAGUUCCGUCUGUAUCACCGCGGGUUACUGCUAUUCCACCUCCUGUUUUUCCAUCCGCUGCUGCCACCUUCACGAGUCCGCCUUUACCCCCCUUCCCGCCUUCCACUUCUGCCCCAAGCACCCUAGUCUCUGCUCCCUCUUCGAGCCCGCCUACUUCAGGGUUUUCUGUUGGAUCAACUUACGACAUUACACGAGGUCAUGCAGGGAGAGCCCCCCAGACACCCCUGAUGCCAUCAUUUUCUGCACCUGCGGUAACAGUUACGCAGGGUGUGGCUGGGAAUCCCAUGGUGAAGUCUGUGCUUGACAAAACCAAACAUUCGGUGGAAAGCAUGAUUACAACUCUGGAUCCUGGGAUGGCUCCAUAUAUCAAAUCUGGAGGUGAACUGGAUAUUGUAGUGACUUCAGAUAAGGAGGUGAAAGUUGCUGCUGUCCGAGACGCCUUCCAGGAAGUCUUUGGUUUAGCUGUGGUGGUUGGGGAAGCUGGACAGUCCAACAUUGCACCACAGCCCGUGGGAUAUGCAGCUGGAUUGAAAGGAGCCCAGGAACGGAUAGAUAGCUUACGUCGGUCUGGGGUGAUCCAUGAAAAACAAACUGCUGUGUCAGUAGAGAACUUCAUUGCAGAAUUGUUACCUGACAAAUGGUUUGACAUCGGCUGUGUGAUAGUCGAGGACCCUGCCCACGGGGUUCACUUGGAAACAUUUACACAAGCCACACCGGUGCCUUUGGAAUUCGUACAACAGGCUCAAAGUCUAACUCCCCAGGACUACAAUUUAAGGUGGUCGGGCCUUUUGGUAACCGUGGGUGAAGUCCUGGAAAAGAGCUCAUUAAAUGUCAGCCGGACUGAUUGGCACGUGGCCUUUACUGGCAUGUCUCGUCGACAGAUGAUCUACAGCGCAGCCAAAGCAAUAGCAGUUGAUGACUUUCCUAGAAUCCUCAAAGAGCAAUGCCAGGGUUAUUCCAUGACUUGGGUGAAGCCAAGUCAUUUUCCUGCACCUGCUAAUUUGGUGAGCCUUCUGCUCUUUGGAACUGGGUGAGUGAGUGCGGAGCAGGCGUAGAGAAGGGCGGGAUGCAAGAGAGAAAUACAUGAUCUGGAUCUGCUUCUCUGAUUCCUUCUUUGGCCCGUUAUCUUCGCCAGCCUUCAGACCACGGCUGACUCCACAUGCUCAGCCUUCACUCUCUCUUGCUUGUUCCUCAUUUGUUUCACUUCUUGCGCAUGAGACUAAACUUAGAAGAGCCUUGCAAGAACAGGUCAUGAUCUCAAACACAACGUGGCAACUUGAUCCCGGCAGAUUUUAGUGGUGGAAUCUAAAUUCCAUGAAACACGCUGAUUGUCUAAGACCGCUUAUAUAAUCACUUUACCAGUUACCUAACCCCUCUCCCCAAUUUUUUUCUUUCUACCCAUCUGCUUGUAACGCCCACAUCAGCGUUUAUGUACACUUACUUUCAUUCUUUCUUGAUCUCUUCCGUCCCCCCUCCCCCAGCCUCUUCCCUGUUAACUUUCUUUCAGACAGAGGGGCUCAACUUACUUUUUGCUCCCUCAUGCAUCUUAAGAAAACCCAUCUUGAACUUGGUUCUUUUACCAGUGUUGUUUUGGUACUUUUAUGUGAGCUUUCUCCUGAGGAGCUCCAGGAGCCACCUAAGUGAAUGUAAGAAGCUUAUACACUUUCUCGUUCUAAUGAAAUAUUUGGAAGAAACUGGAAAGCUGCACAAGAACCAGGCAGCACAGUUACAGGCGCUCCUGUCCCGUGAUGGAGGAACAGCAACAUUGUGCCUGGAGCGGCGCCACAGGCUUCUGGAACUGGAAACGCCUUGGUUCUCCCGCUCAGUCUGUCGUCAUUUCCGUGUUCCAUGCCCUAUUAUUUCGGGAGGAUUAAUGAGGUAAAACAUCGAGAUGAAAAAAUAAUAUAAUAGUAAAUGAUACAACUGAAAGUGUUAUGUACAUUUAUUAAAAAUUAUGCAGAUUAUCAAGAUGCUCAGGAUUCAACUAAAUGACUUCCAUGUUGUUAAAUUUCCUAUGUUCCAUGGAUAAAACAAAUUUCUAAUGAACUUGUGUUCUGUGAUGCCAAAUUGAUAAUAUUUUAUGUUCUGAAAGAUGCUAGUUAUCCAUAAAUUAUUAAGAGACUUGGAUUCUUUUAAUUCCCAGUAUAUCAGGUUCAUUUUAAGAUACCAUGCAGGAUGAUGGGUAAAACCCAUUUUGUAACUAUGUAAAUAUGCCACAAAUAAAUAAUACUUUGACUGAUUUCCCAAAA